AUGCUGCAAGUGGAAAUGGUCCUCUUCGUCUGCCUGGUGCUGUGGAUGUGUGUAUUUAGCCAGGAGCCCAGCUCCAAAGUAGUGGCCGACCGCUACGCCGUCUUCUGGAACCGGACCAACGCCAAAUUCCAUCGUGGGGACUACCACAUUGACGUGUGCAUAAAUGACUACCUGGAUGUCUACUGUCCCCACUAUGAAGACACAGUGCCUGAAGAGCGGACAGAGCGCUAUGUCCUCUACAUGGUCAACUACGAUGGCUACAGCACAUGUGACCACACCGCCAAGGGCUUUAAACGCUGGGAGUGCAACAGGCCGCACUCCCCGAAUGGGCCACUCAAGUUUUCAGAGAAGUUCCAGCUCUUCACUCCAUUCUCCUUGGGCUUUGAGUUCAGACCAGGCAGAGAAUAUUACUACAUCUCCUCCACCAUUGCUGAGAAUGGGAGGAAAACAUGCCUGAAGCUCAAGGUUUUCGUCCGACCAUCAAACAGCUGUGUGAAAACUAUAGGCGUACAUGACCGCGUUUUUGAUGUAAACGACAAAGUAGACAAUACAUUAGAACCACGAGAUGAUACCAGCCAUGAACCGGCUGAGCCUUCCCGAAGUGACGAGACAAAUGCUGCGCCACACCUGCAGAAAACAAGUCAACUGCUGGCUUCAUUGCUGGUCUGCCUAGCAGCACUCUUCACUUUAUAG